UUCUCGAGAUACUGUUGAUCAUUGAUUUUUGGGAGUAUCCAUUUGUUUUUUUUUGUUGUUGUUGUUUGACAAUUGCAUCCGUCUAUUAUCCUGAUUGCAUUCAACAAAUUUUUUUGUUGUUGAUCAUCAUUUGAGCAAAACAUUAAAGGUUGACCAUUGACAAACAAACGAAACAAUCAACAGUUAUGGUCAUGGAAACAGUAAUAGUGGAUCCAGAAUUAAAUGAACAUCAUCAUCUUAAUUCUAAUGGUCAAUCACAACAACAUUCAAAUCUAGAAGAAUUAUGUUCAUUAUUACGAAAUGAAGUUCCUGAAUCUAGACAAACAUUAUUGGAUACACAAUCAAAUUUGGAAAAAGUUGCUGAUUAUUGUUCAACAGCAUAUCUUGAGGCUGAUGAUAAACGAUUAGCAUUUGAAAAUACAAAAAAUUAUACAACACAUUCAUUAGCAUCGGUUGCUUAUCAGAUAAAUACAUUGGCAUUUAAUGUUUUGCAUAUGUUGGAUUUACAAACAAAUCAAAUAUCCGAAAUGGAAUCACAAAUGAAUUAUAUUUCACAAAAAUUUCAAUUUCAUAAUGAAAAAGUUGCCCGACGUAAAAUUGCAUUACUUACAUCGGCCAAAGCAAUGGUUCGACAACCAAAAGUAUUGAUGCCAGCCAAUCAGGAAAAACAAUCCAAAUAUAUUCGUAAACCAAUUGAUUUUAGUCUUCUUGAUGAUAUUGGUCAUGGUGUAAAAAUUUCUAAUCAAUCAAGUUUUUUAAGAAGUUUAACAACAGCAAAUACAUCUGGUCGAAUGAGUGGUGUACAAACAUUGGGACCAAAAUCAUCAAUGUCAUCAUUAUCACAUUAUCAUCAUUAUAAUACAUUAAGUGGUAGUGGACCAGCACCAACAACAAAACCACCAACACCACCACAAGCUAUACGUUCCGGUUUUGGUACAUUAUCACGUUCAGCACAGAAUAAAGAAUAUCGUGCAUUAGUACCACCAAUAGCACCACCACAAGUGCCAAAAAAUUAUGAAUCUAAUUAUCCUAUUGGUCAUCCAAAAAGUUCUAUUAUACAUAGACAAUCAAGUACUACUGGUAGUAUUGGAAGUGGAAAUAGUGGUUAUGCUGCUGGUCAUCAUCAAUCUAAUCAUCAAAAUAAUAAUAAUAAUCCACAACAACAACAACAAUAUAUGGCCGGUUAUUCAAUUUAUCAUCCAGGAUCAUCUGCUGUUUCAUUAAAUUCAAAUAUGUAUGGCGUACAUACAGCAAAUAGCCAACAAGUUAAUACGAAUUUAGAUGAUAAUAAUUGUCAACCAUUACCACCACCUCCUAUUGCUCAAUUAGAUCCAAAUGAUCCAUUACCUGAUCCACCAUCUCCAUCCAAUAUUCAUCAUCAUCAUCAUCAUCAACAACAACAUCAUAGUAAUUAUGAUGGUCGAAAUACAACAGCAUCACCACCAUUACCACCACCACCUCCAACCGUUGAUAAUGUUCAUGGUGAACAUUCUUCAAUGAAUAAACAACAACAAAUUUAUGGUUUAACAAGCGCAAGACAAAAUGUUCCUGAUUGGGUACCUGCUAAUUAUAUUGAAAAGGUAAUUGCCAUCUAUGAUUAUUCAGCCGAUAAAGAUGAUGAAUUAACAUUUCAAGAAAAUUCUGUUAUCUAUGUAACAAGUAAAAAUGAUGAUGGAUGGUUUGAAGGUAUUAUGAAUGGUGCAAUUGGAUUAUUUCCCGGAAAUUAUGUUGAACCAUGUCUUUAAAUGGAAAAAACAACGAAUAACCAAAAACAAUGACCAUUUUAUUAAGCAUUUUAUUUUAUC